AUGGCUGCAGACGGAAAGAUUGUCAUCGUUGGUGGUGGGCCAGUGGGCUCCCUGGCGGCCCUCUAUGCCAGCCAUUACCAUGACAAUGUAGAAGUAUACGAACUGCGUGGGGACGAGCGGCUGAACCCAUCAGGCGCCUCUCCCCUGCUUCAGAAAUCCAUCAACUUCACUCUCUCCGAACGGGGCAUCAGAGCCCUCGAAAAGUCCGGUCGAACUGACCUCCUCCGCGCCAUCAUGCGGACUGCCAUCCCCAUGCACGGCAGAAUGGUCCACGGAAGAAGCGUCUCAGGCAAGCUCCAACAGACCUUCCACCAGUACGACGUACACGGAAACUCCCUAUACUCUCUAGACCGCAAAGCCCUCAACAUCGCCCUCCGUCAAGAGCUCGACGCCACCCCCAACGUGAAGAUGUUCUUCCACCACAAGCUCAUCCGAGCAGACAUGAAAACCCGCAAGGUGUGGUUCGAGCAACGAGAAGAACCCUCACCAUCCACUACUACAACACCACCCCCACCCAAAGAAGUCCCCUUCGACUUCCUCAUCGGCGCCGACGGCGCCCACUCCACCACCAGACAACAAAUAAUGCGCCACACCCCGCUCGACUACCAACAACAAUAUGCCGACACAGUAUGGUGCGAACUACGCAUCCCACCCACCGAAAAGACCAACUCCUUCCGCUUGCCCCCCAACUACCUCCACAUCUGGCCCGGAGGGCAAUACAUGUUCUGCGCCUUCCCCUGCCCGGACCAAUCCUUCAACUGCAUUCUCUUCGCGCCAGCAUCCUGUCUCGACUCUCUCAAAUCCUCCCCUCCAAGCACCCUCUUCGACUUCUUCGACAACCACUUCCCAGGCGUCUGCCCGGACCUAAUCUCCCAAUCCUCCCUCUCCCAGCAAUUCUACCAAAGCCCGCACCUCCCCCUUAUCGGCAUAAAAUGCAGCCCGCACCAUCACGGCUCCGCAGCCGUGAUCAUCGGCGACGCCGCGCACGCCAUGUUCCCGUUCUACGGCCAGGGACUGAACGCAGGGAUGGAGGACGUUCGGAUCCUCUUCGAUUUACUCGAUGAGCACCGCGUGUUCAGUCACGGCAAGUUGUCGAGUAAUAAGGAUCAUGCCCGCGCCGCGGCGUUGACGGAGUACUCGGAUCAGCGUGUUCGUGAUGCUCAUGCUAUUCAUGACCUCUCCAGGAGGAAUUAUCUGGAGUUGCGGGGUGGGGUGAAUUCGCCGGUUUAUAAGGCGAGGAAGUAUGUCGAGGAGGCGUUGCAGCGGUAUGUGCCCGUUUUGGGGUGGAAGACGCUGUAUUCGAGGGUGAGCUUUAGUGAUCAGAGGUAUUCGGAGGUUGUGGUCAAGAAUCAGUUGCAGGGGUGGGUGUUGUUGCUGAUGUCUGGGUUGGGGGUUCUCUUGCAUGUAUUGGUGUUUGGGGUUAUUGGGGGUGCGGUUUGGGGGUUGAGGGGGUGA